GGUUAUGGCAACACAUGUUUAGGUCUUUAAAUUUUUUUGCGGAAAAGCAAAAAUUUCGUCUUGUGCGUUUUCGCUACUUUUGUCUAGUAUAACCACUGUAAAUUGUGAUAUUUUAUUCUUAUAAUCUCAUAUAGUGUAAGAUAGAUUACCAUAAGUAGUACCGUUUCACUAUUCCGAAGUAUCAGCUCGAUUUCGUGACAGAUCGAUUCGGCGUAACGAAGUUGUAGGUUAUAUAGAAAGAAAUAGAUAUUUGCCUUAUUUUUACCUCUUAUUACUUUGAAAUGGAAAGCAUGGACGUCGCUCAAGAAGGUACAUCCGCCGCGACUACGCCUGUAGUUGAAAAUGGUCCAGAUAAAAAUGUUACCGCGGAGGAUAUGACGUCCCGGGAUUACUAUUUUGACUCGUACGCGCAUUUUGGCAUCCACGAGGAGAUGUUGAAAGACGAGGUUCGAACGCUCACAUAUAGAAACGCUAUGUACCACAAUAAGCACUUGUUCAAGGGCAAGACAGUUCUUGACAUUGGCUGUGGUACUGGUAUCCUGUCAAUGUUUGCAGCUAAAGCGGGCGCAGCUAAAGUUAUAGCUGUUGAGUGUUCCAACAUUGUAGACUAUGCUCGCAAGAUCAUAGAAGCCAACAGGCUUGAUGAAGUGAUUGAAAUUGUUAAAGGCAAAGUGGAGGAAGUAGAAUUACCAGUGGAUAAAGUGGACAUUAUAAUAUCGGAGUGGAUGGGCUACUGCCUUUUCUAUGAGAGUAUGCUUGACACGGUCCUGUAUGCCAGGGACAAGUGGCUGAAACCGGACGGCAUGCUAUUCCCUGACCGGUGCACGCUAUUCAUCUGCGGUAUUGAAGACCGCCAGUACAAAGACGAGAAGAUCAACUGGUGGGAUGAUGUGUAUGGUUUCGACAUGUCCUCAAUCAGGAAGGUGGCCAUCUCGGAACCUCUCGUUGAUGUUGUUGAUGCCAAACAGGUGGUGACGAAUUCUUGUCUGUUAAAGGAAAUAGAUUUGUACACUGUUAAAAAAGAGGAUCUCAACUUUGAAUCAAAGUUCCAUCUGCAGGUGCGUCGCAACGACUUCAUUCAAGCCCUAGUGACGUUUUUCAACGUCGAGUUCACGAAGUCCCACAAGCGGCUCGGAUUCAGUACGGCCCCCGAGGCGCCGUACACUCAUUGGAAACAAACGGUCUUCUACUUCGACGAGUACAUGACUGUUAAAAAAGGCGAGGAGAUCACCGGCACGUUCUCGAUGCGUCAGAACGCGCGCAACAACCGGGACCUCGACUUCGAGAUAGAAAUAGACUUCAAGGGCGAACUAUGCCAAGUACUGGAGAAGAAUCAUUAUAGGAUGCGUUGAAGUGUCAGCUGUUGCAAGCUAAAUGGUCCUAUGCCAGUGAUCGAAGGUAGAUUUUAAGUUUUAUGAUAUUGCAAAUUUGAGAUGUCUGUUGCCAAAUCUGAAUGUAAAUGGUGUGUUUAACAGUAAACCCUAAGAGUAUGUCGAUAUGGUCUAUUUAUAAAUGUAUGAAAUAUUCAUAUUGCGACCGCAGUCAGUAUAUUGGUGUUUAACGCCUUUCGUAUUUGAUAUAAAGUCGUCGUCAUGCAGAUUUGUCACAGGGUUGUCACAAAAGGAUUUUUUUGUUUUAAUUUAAAACUUGCACGUUUUGCACACUAGCUCUGAAUAUAUCAGGUCUAUUAACAAGUCCCUUGCAGUCGUAUGAUUUUAAAAGAGGUAAAAACACCAAGAAGGUAUUAUUAGAAAUAUCUAAAAACAGGGGUCUGUAUUGUUAAAAUUUAAGUAUUUUCAUUCGUGAUAAAAUCCACUUGUUAAAAAAAUUACCACAGUUCGUUAAGUUCGUUCAUUAAGUACAUAACUUAAACAAAUUUACCACAGUUCGUGUCGAACUGUAGUGGUAUGUUUAGCUUGUUACUUUGUAAAAUAUCUUACUAUCGUUAGUAUAUUUAUCGUGGCAUCGUUUGUAUGUUUCUUAAUUGCGUUAAAUAGAAUUACUUCCAUAUUGGUUAUAUUUAAGUUGAACAAAAAAACAUUUUUAAAAUUUAAAUUUGAAUUACUAGUAGCUUAUAUUCGAAUUUAAUACAUCGGAUGUUUUAUAUACUAUUUUUUUUUCUCUUUAUUUAGGUCAACAAACAGUAGACAUAAUAACAAUAUAUAUAUACAUAUAUAUCUAAAUAUCAAUAAUUUUAGUGCCACCAACGACGUUGGCCACCUAUUACCAUAAAACAAAAUAUGUAAAAUGGUUGCGUGCAACUACUUGUACAAAAUCAAAAUAAAAAAUUCACGUGGACAAAGUCACGGGGAACAGCGAGUAUAAUAAACGUAAUAAAGCUAACGUUUAUUUGCUUGUUAGCGAUUUUAAAUACAUAUUCUUAAUUUAGGCUUUCACUUAGUUAAUGUAUGGCAUGAUAAAAGAAAUAGAUUGCGGCAACAGCAUCUUUUUUCAUAUAAUUCUCGGCAAACAAUUUGAACCGAACCAUAGACAACCGACCAUAGACAAGCAACAACUUUAAAUAUAAAAGUGUCUAAACACCUUUUUUUUUUUAAUAUUUUAUGGCUUGGUUGUAACUUUUGUAUGUAAAAUUGUUAUAACGCUUGCGAUGCGAUACUAAAUUCUCAGUCAAUUCGCCUGGUUGAUUUUCUUUUAACGCAACAAACAUUACACGUAGUUAUGCUAGUUUCUAAACUUCGUGAAUGAUUCAUAUUGGUUUCUAAUAAAAAAUUCUAUUAUUAUUCGGUAUUGAUUCGAUGUUAUGUAUCUAAUUGUUGUUUGGGAAAUUCGAAUAAUUAAAAUUUUUACAUUGAAUAGUAUGAAAGUGCACUCAAAUUAACAAGGUAUAAUAAUGAUUUUUUCAUUUUAUAACAAGGAUCUUGGUACGGUCGGCAAAAAAAUUUGAUUUAGACACCUGGAGAUAUGACGUAAAUAAAUUGUAAAAAAUAAAAAUUAUCUUUGUUCAAAUACAUUUGUUUACAAUUUCUUUUAAAUCGUUACAAUAUAAAUUAAUUUGUCAUAGUUGUAUAGAAAGCUAUAAUUGAAAUACCUGGCAGUCAAUAGUGGUUUCUUAAAGUUUGUUUUUGAUAUAAACUUGAAUAUAAUGUCAUACAUUUAGGUAAAAUAAUUCAUAAUAACAAGAGAUGAAAUCAAAUAACAUCAAAGAAGUGCUCGAUGAAGUAUUCGAGUAAUAUUUCUUUUUUUUUUGCUGACCGUACGACCCAAGGUCGCACUUUGUAGGUAUAAGAGUAACUAAUAAAAUCUUUAAUUUAAAAGGCCUCUAAUUAAUUCGAAAAUAAUAAUUAGAUAAAUUCUUAUGAAGUAUUUUGUCAGCGUGUCAGUCUGAACUGUAAUUUUAGUUUAUUAACCAACUUAGAAAGAGGUGGUUACAAUAACAACGUAUAUAACAUGUAUCUUUGAUGUAAUCCUGAGUAAGCUACAUCGAUUUGUAUGUUUAAUUUUUUAAUUGAAAAAUCAUAAAAUUGAUUCAUAAUUAACAAAAAAAAGUCAACGAAUACAAAAAGGAAGAAUAAAUGAUAGUCUUUUUUUUUAUCAUCUGAAUUAUUUUUGAUUGAUUAUAUAUUACUCUGUGGCAAACAUUACAAUGAACACUAUUUACAAUGAAACUGAUAAAAAAAAAAGCAUACCUAAUAACCGCGAAACUCAUUUGUGUAGAUUUUUAGAUUAAUUAAUUAAUUUCCAGCCAGUACAAAGUGAGCAAAUUACUGGCCACUUUGCACGACUAAGAUGAAAUUCUCAAAUUUGUAUUAAACCGCCUUAGAAGUAUCUCGGCCGCGAUCUAGUUUUGUGAGCGGUAUAUAAUAUAUAUCGCUAGUUCAUUGUGUUACAAAUGUGUACCUUAUGCUAAAGUAAUAGGAGUUAAAAUGUAUUAUUGUGCAAAUCCAUUCACUGGGAGGCAAACUUUUAUGGCGACCCACACACGCGGCAAAUGACUUGAAAUAAACCAUAGACAACGAAGCUUGUAUAAUAUAGACAACGAAGUUUACAUAUCGUCUACUACGCAAGUUUCGUUAUCGUUCUAAUUUUAAAUAUUUUAUGUUUUUGUCAUUGGCAUAUUUAAGAUUAUUUGGAAGAGGGGAGGGGGGUGUACUGGUAUGAUCUAUUAAAAAGGCGCAUUAUGCACUCUUAGACAUGUCUUGUUUAUAGCUUAAAGCUCCAAAGACAAUUCUGAGGUGGAUCUAUCCCAUCUGCCCUAACCCCCUUCCAUUAAGUACGCCUAUGGUUUUUGUUAAUUAUCUACCCGCAUAAUGUGAACUUUUAAAAAAAAGCUAAGAUAUUGUCUCCUAGUAAAUGAAUUUUUGUCGGAUCAGUGAACGUGUGUCAAACUUUGUGUAUGUAUGUAUGUAUGUAUUUCAUUUUAUGUAAACCUCAAUAGAUUUGAUUAGAACCAAUUGAAAUUUCAUAAUUAUAUAAUGCUCGAUAAAGGUACAUUGACAAUGGGGCGUAUUUUGCAAUUCUACUAUGUAAACCUGUCUCUAAAGUUUGGAGAAAUUAGUUCAGCUCCCAUAGACAAUUGUAAAACAUAGCUAUCUUAAGUUUUCGUACCUUUUUUGUCAACGUUCGCAUUUCUAUAUGUUCUCCUUGAACCGAAGGUUGUCUAAGAGAUUGCUCUACGUCAAGACCGCUUUUUGUAUCUUCAUAUUUUAAUCUGUACUUUAUACCACUGUAUUUCAGUUGAAUCGUUUAUAUGUCAUUGUUUAUUUUUAUGUUUCUGGUGCAGUAAAGAAUUAAAUAAAUAAAGGCAUCAGCCGUCUCAAUCUCUUUCUAUUACAUGCAGGUGUUGGCGAUAACGUGUCUAUCGAUCGGCUGUCGCUUGUUAAGGGGAUCUGAAUCGAUUUCAUUGGCUGUUAAAUAUCUUUCUCUAGUACUUAAGAAGUUUUAGAAAUAGAUAUUGAGAUUUGAAACGGAUUCAAAUAUGGAGCUGGUUAUUACAUAGUUGAAUUAUGCAUUGUGUUGCCACAUUAAUAUGUAAAUUCUAAAUUAUUAACAGAUUGAAAAAUGUACUUUUCGACAAUUUGAUUCGAUGGGAUUCAAAGCUAUAUCUUUCUUUUAUCUAAGCAGAGUGUAUUCUCAAUUACAUUACAGAGUAAAUAUUAUUAGUUGUUAAAUUUUUCAACCAUUUUUUUCAAAAGUGUUUACGCCGAAUGUGGCGCCAUCUGCUGGUAUAGACUUAACUAUUGGCUUGUGUAACAACAUUGCUGUAGUGUUACUCAAUUUUAAAGAUUAAGAGGUAAACUUUUCAGUCUGUUGAUAACUUAGUAUUCCCAAAUGCAGGGUACUGCGUUUAUAUUUUUGAAUAUGUAAUUACUUUGGAUAAAUUUUUCAUUUAAGCAUUAUGUUGUUCCUAGUGUACUGUAUACUGUAUGCGUUUGGCAAACAUGUAAUUCUAUAGUUUGUAUCCAAAGCCUAGAAUCUAAAUAGAUUCACUGUUUUCUACAAUGCAGCGAGAGGUGCGUGUACGAUGUGUAAUUAUGAAUAAUUCGUGGUGCAUAAACGAGUUAAGUGCA